AUCUCGGGCAAUGGUUCAAUCGUCUUCCCCUCUCGUGCACAACAUGCUGUUUUCAGUGGUAACCGUAUCGGUGUUGGUGUGUUGGUUUGUCGUGGCCGAAGGCCGACGGAUGGGGAGGACGCGGCGAGGCCUGGAGGCGGCCUCCAUCCCCGUGGUGGACGACUCUGAGAUGGUCAUCUCCCUCGCACAUACCGCCGAGGACCUCAUCAGGUGAGGGAGCAACCGGGACAAACAAACACACACGUCAGUGUCUGUCUUUGUUUGUCGAUCUCACCACUGCUGGCUGGCUGGUGCGGUUUCUGCCAUUCAUCUCAUUAUUCAUCAGGUCCAGACGUGCAGUGCCGAUGAAGCACCUGCAAGCGCAGUUGAAGCAGCGUCAGCGCUGCACUCUUCCGCCUCUCAUUGAGGCUUCCCCUCCCCCCUCACCCACCACACCACAGCCCCCCGCCCCAAGUGACAAAGCCGCCGACCGGCACGUGCACGCCGCCGAGAGCACCGGGGCGCCUGACCAUGACCGGACCAGUGACGUUCAUUUGGACCCGAGAGAGCGGCCAUCCGCAGCCACAACCAGCACCACCAGCAGCACCACCAGCAGCAGCAGCAGCAGCAGCGGCAGCAGCAGCAGCAAUGGCAGCGGUGGAUUGUGGGGAUGGCUCUCUGGUGGAUGGUGGGGCACUACCAGCGUCGACAGCAGCAGCCGUGCCGGCGACGCGCCCUGCAUGCCUGAUGUGGUCGAGAAGGUCCGGUCGGCCACUCUGCUGGUGUCGUCCCCCUUCUACUGCCGCAAGUGCAAUCGGCUGCACACCAACACGGCCACUGGGUUCUUCAUCCAUCCGUCGGGCCUGGUGGUGACCAACCACCACGUGCUCGACGGGGCGCUUGGCGAGACGGUCGUGGUCAUGGACCAUAAGGGGCGCGUCUAUGUGGUGGAGGAGGUGUGUGCGGCGAACAAGACCUUUGAUUUGGCCAUCAUCCGGGUGGGUCUGGAGAAGGGCGAGAGGGUCAACGCUUUGGAGAUCGGCACCCCGCCGCCACAGGGGGCCGCGAUUGGGGUCAUGUCGCACCCCGACGGAAACCUCUUCACAUUCACCGAGUGAGGGAGUGAGUGAAUGAGAUCGACAGACGCAUCCAAUCCACCCGAUGUGUGAGUAUCUCACUCCCUGCCCGCCUGCCUGCAUGUCCGUGUGUGUGCAGAGGUCGUGUUUCUCGGUAUUUCCGUCGCGGUCACAGAGGCCCAGUGGCCAUGGCGCUGACCGCAGACUUCGCAAGAGGUACAGACAGACACGCCAUCAAUGAAGACACAUCCAUCCAUGUAUCCAUUCGUGUCUGUCUGCCAGGUUCCAGUGGAGGUCCUGUGUUUGAUUCGAGUGGCGCCGUGGUGGGCGUGGUGGAGUCCACCCGCACCAUCUACUACGACAGGCACGGCGGCGUCCCAUCCAAUGUCCAGAUGGUCAUAAAGGCGGCCAUCCCCACCCCGUACCUCGACUACCUCGUCAUACACCCCUCCGACCAACACAGUGGCAACGACGGCAACACCCACCACCCAACCAUCACAGCAGAAGGUGGCGCCGAGCCGGCAGGAGAGCCGACCGAUGGCUGUUGUGGAGGGCCGCAGUGCGGCCACCAUGGGCAACCUGAGAGAAAGCGCCCCUGGUGGUGGACCAGACGCAAGGCCAGGGGCAGGCGGUAGCAGGUCAGUCAGGUGGUUUCAAGACGCCUGUGGGUGGGUGGCUGGCUGGCUGGCUGGGUGUUUUGUCGUACAGUGUCAUGAUCUAUGAUUUGUGACGAAAAGUGAGUAGGUCGGUAGGUAGGCCGUCGAUCGUUAAUCUGCUUUGGUGCACUCCCACACUGGUUUUUGUCUGUCUGUGGUGUGAUGGGAUGGAAGAGAGGCGUGGGCAGGAGUUUUUCUGUCUGUGCGUGGAGCAAGACGUCUGACAGACAGACGGACAGACCACACACACACAGAUCAAUGACAAUUUGUCAGUAUCAAAGAUCAGGUCCCGCUGUUGGUGGUCG